AUAUAGAAAUGCAUUAUCAACUUAGAACAACGAAAUACGUCCACGUUAGGGAGAUGAGCCUCUUGGUGAGACGAAUUUCGAACGGGUUUUCCUGGAUAGAUGAUAUCUUACUUGAAAUCACUGCUUACCCUGAAAGCGCGCUUCGUGAGAUUUCAUGGUGGUUCUCACGGCUUUUUAUGUGCGCUCCGUAUAUUCUACCCCUCAUCUUCUACUGGAAUGCUGUUAGAGGCAGAUACCUAAUGUUCGUGACUUGCACAGCAUUAAUGGCAUCCUCGCUAAUCAAGAACGCCCUGGAUUCUGAUGUUCUACACAGAUCACCACAAGGAUCUCCUUGUCGUCGAAGGACGUCAAUUUCAGUUCCCGCUGUUACUACUGUUUGCUUCUGGCAUGUAUUGUUAGAUUAUGAGCCCCUCUGGUUUGAUUCGGCUCGUCGCAAUGUGUGUACAAUCAUCUUUGCAUUUGUCUCUUUUCUGCUGGACUGCCCAUUCGGUAACUGCAUGAUCCUAUCCUUUAUUCUGUCUUACCUACUUGCACUUACUGCAAUUGAAUUCCGGUGCACACUUGUGGAAUGGUAUGAGAUGCAUUUAUCGAAGAUUUGGCUCUGUGUGGCUGCAGUAAUGAUAUGCACACUGCUUGUGGGCUUUCGGCCUUGUUAUCUAACGGCCAAUGGAGCACAUAAAUUUCAAGGAGGGAUUUCUAGUGUUGUGCGACCAUUGGGUAGUGUGCUGGGUCUUCUUGUGUGUGACAAGCUUGACGAAAAGGCCUCGAUUCGAAGCCACAUCUGUGGUAAAGGUCUUAGCCUUUCUUCUUGGCUUAUCAAUUUUAUGAUCGGUGCAUGCUUCAUUUUUGUUGAUAUAAAGUUAGCAUUACAAUCCUACAUUUUUUCGUCAAUCGCGAUAUCUUCGCUACUUGUUGUAUAUACCAUCAUUAGUUGCCAUAUGGUACCACUGUUCGAUUUAAGACUGGUGGAGAAAGAAAACACGAAAUUCAUCGAAUUAUUAGCUGCCGCUAUUAACUCGUGUAGAGAAUCGCGCCAGCAUAGCACAGUUAACACAGCUCAGGGAAAAAUAAGCAGUCCAUGCGUUGAUGCUGCCCAAAAGUCAUUUAGUAAGACAACUGGAGAUUUUACUAAUGGAACGGGGAUAAACGACCUCGAAGUAGCAGAUCUAAUGAAAGUCACAUCGACAAAUGAAACUGAGGAUGCCUUUAAUCCAAAUGUUACAACUAAACGAAUUCUCAAGACAGAUACCUCGGGUGCAAAGUCCGUCGGUGCUGCGAUGCGUUUUUUUGGAGUGCAAUAAACAUAAAAUUGUAAUAAACAUAAAGC